AUGCAGCCUGUUCUGACGCCGCAUGGAGCUAUGCUGGCUACAGAGCCAUUCCGGCGGUCUUGGAGCACCUCCAGCUUAAAGCCCGGCGCAGCAGCCGCACAUUUGGCCCUGUGCCGCUGGGGCUCCCCUGACGCGCAGCACCGCAACCCAGAAAGUCUGGGCUACGACAGGGUGCGGUUCCGCGGCCGGCCUCCUGAGGAGAAAGAGCUCGCAGCGGGCCAACCCUCGGGCGGCCCUGCGAAGCGAGAUUACCUCUCCAAGUUUUCGAAACGAGAGGGGCGAGCACGCAUAGAUCUUCAUGCUCCGCCAGAGUAUUCACUCUCGAGAGCAAGCUGGCAAACCAUGAAGUACGAUGUCAACUGGCAUACGUACAACGAGUGCCCAAGGCUGGCUGAGUGUAAGGCCGCCUGGCUGGAGGUAUUGACGUCACUGGUGAAUGACUGCUUGCUGCCGCUCUUCUUGCUGCACUGCAAGCGCGGUCAGUUCAGCUUCUCACACCGCGGCCUCGAGGCGGCCAGCCUUGAUGCUGCGGGUGGGCGGCCGCUGCCUGGCGCAGCCGCCGUAGCUGUUGCUGGCUUACUGGCGGAAUCCUGCCCGCAGUGGCUACAGCUGGCCCAGUCCGGAGAAGCAGCCUUGGUCCUCUUGCGAGCGGAAGCUCCAAGCACUGGACAUCGCCCAGCCGUGUGUGCGGGAGUGGUCGCCCCAGGCUACUCUCUGGCCUUGCCAGAGAGUGGGGCAGGCAACGACAGCCACGACCCGCAAUCUAAGCGGUGGAGAGCGGCUCAGCAGGGCUUCUAUGCAGAUGCCCGCUCGCUGGAGAGAGACCUCUCCUCCAUCAAAGCAUGUAUUUUGGAGCGACUGCGGUCCAUUGCUACUGAUAAAAGCCAGCAAGGGGAGGAACCGGCACCCUUCGCAGCUGGCUCUGCCUCAGAAAGUGCAGCUCCCACGAAGGCAAAGGAAGAGUCUGACGUGGACGAGUCUGUCCUGGGAUUCGUUGAUGCACUCCAGCGAGAUCCGGAUUACCACCACCAGGUGUGCCACGUGAAGCGAUUUCCGCAGCGGCCAGCCCAGCUCGCCAGCUUCGAGACGCUGGUUGACAACAAUGGUGCGGCGCUUCUCUCGAACGCUGCGCAAGCAGCCCUGCGGCACAUGAACAUCGACGAGCCUUUCCAACAUCAGCAUACGGCGCUGCGCCUUGGAUAG